GCUUAUUUACUUGAGCGCCGGCGCCGCCCGCUCCGAGCCGGGAUACGUCGAGCGUUACGCCAGCCACGUCCAUGCAGCCCCUCCGGCAACCGCUUCCCGCGUCCCGGCGGGGGAACCCGCUCCCCGCCGCCCCGCUGCUCGCCCUGCUGCUGCUGCUCGCCCUCCAGGAGGCGGCGGGGGCGCCCGCGGGCUCCGGGGGUCCGGAGGACUCCGGGUGGCACCAGGACACGGAGCUGCCGCGCCGGCUUCUGUCGCAAGCGGCGCGCGUGGCGUUGCACUUUUUCAACUUCCGCGCGGGCUCGCCCAGCGCCCUUCGAAUGCUGGCUGAGGUGCAGGAGAGCCGCGCGUGGAUUAAUCAAAAGAAGGAACGUAAAGUUGACCUCGUGUUCACCACAGAGCUCUACAACCCGGAGGAAGGUAACAAACGUCUGGGGAAAUGUUCUGCUCGAGUGUUUUUCAGGAAUGAGAAACCCAGACCGGCUGUUAAUGUGACUUGUGCUCAACUCAUUGAGAAGAAGAAAAGACACGAAAAGGAUUACCAGCUCUACAAGCGCAUGAAGCAACUUCAAAACCCCGUGGAUGUAGUCAGCAUACCUGAUAAUCACGGACAUAUUGAUCCUUCUCUGAAACCCAUCUGGGAUUUAGCCUUUCUGGGCAGCUCUUAUGUGAUGUGGGAAAAGACAACACAGUUUUUACACUACUACAUGGCACAGCUCAGCAGGGUGAAGCAGUGGAAAACAAAUGAUGAUGCAAUUGAUUUUGGUUAUACUGUUCUACUUCAUGAAUUCUCAACACAGGAAAUCAUUCCCUGUCAUAUUCACUUGGUCUGGUACCCUGGCAAACCACUGAAAGUGAAGGACCACUGUCAAGAGCCACACACACCAGAAGAAGCCUCUGGAACCGAAGAGGGAUCAGCUGUGGCACCAACAGAGCUUAGUAAUUUCUGAUCAUCUGCUUACACCAAAUGACUAUACUAAAUAGCCGAAAUCAUUACUCUAGUAAAAGAGCCAAGGUAUAAGGCAUUCUGGUAAUUUAGGGAAGCCUGGGAUUACAAGUAAAUACUCAAAAGAUGUUGGGGUUUCUGUUUUUUGAUUGGUUUGGUUUACUUUUAACUCUGGGAGCACGUACACUCUGCUCAGUGCUAAACAGUCUCCCUGCAGGUUCCUCAGGGUCUCAACCCUAAAUUGCAAAACCUAGUUCAUUACUAUGUGCUGCAGCUGGACCAGUAAGUAUUUAAAAAAACACAACAAAAUAGACUUGAUGGUCACAUCUCUAAAUCUGCAUUUCUCAAUAUUUUGAAUAUACUGUAACCAACUAUUUUAUGAUGCUUUUACCUAACAUGUUAAAGAGAGAAUAUAUUUCAGUGAAAGCAAAUUAUACGGAAAAAAUUACCUGUUUAAAAGGAAUUUUAUAAUUUUUUAUGAUUUCAAGCAAGUAUUCCUUUUUAACUGAUACCUACUUUCAAAUAAAUGUUUCUAAAUAAAAUGUGUUAAA